UAUGUAGACUUAUCUUUCUUUUUGCCAGUUCAUGUUCGACUUCUAUUUCCUACCAUUCCUUAUUGCAGUCAUAUUGCGUCAGAAACUACGUGAAUUUUUUGUUUUCCUUGCGUUGAAAUAAAUUAAUUUCUGCACACAUUUUUAUGUGUAUAAUAAUAUAUAGAUUGAUAAAAUAUACCGAAAAUUUUUGGUUUAUUGAUUAAUAAAUAGCCAUAAAUUUUGUUAAAAGAUCACAUAAUUCCUCGUUUUUGACACAAUUUAAUAUGAUUACAGUAAAGAAACUAACAGAAAUAGAAGCUUUACAUUUCAUUCUAUCUAAAAUGAUAAUAAUGAAGAAGGAUAGAAGAGGAGUUGUUUACAUCGAUGGCGAAUCAGAAGAAAAUAAUAAACAUUUGGAAAGCCGCUGAUGCUGUGACAUUGGAUGUGGAUUCGACUGUCAUUAAAGAAGAAGGCAUUGAUGAACUUGCAAAUUUUUGUGGAAAAGGAGAAGAAAUUCGUAAAUUGACAAAGCAGGCCAUGCAAGGUGAUAUGACCUUCCAGCAAUCCUUGUUAAUGCGAUUGCAGAUCAUAAAUCCAAGUUUAACUCAAGUGAAAGAGUUCUUGGAUACACAUCAAUCAAAUUUAAGCAGUGGUAUCAAAGAACUGGUAUCAGAUUUACAAGCUCGUGGGAAAGGCGUAUUUCUUAUUUCUGGCGGUUUCCACUGUCUUAUUUUGCCAGUUGCUAUACAAUUAAAAAUACCAGAGAAGAAUAUUUAUGCUAACAGAUUGAAAUUUUAUUUUACCGGAGAAUAUGCUGGAUUUGAUGAGAAUCAGCCAACAUCUAGAAGUGGUGGCAAAGCAGAAGUAAUACGGGAUCUUAAAGAAACGAAAGGAUAUAAAACUAUUGUACACAUUGGUGAUGGUUCAACAGAUUUAGAAGCAUGUCCUCCAGCAGAUGCAUUUAUAGGAUUUGGUGGUAAUGUCAUUCGGGAAAGUGUAAAAUCACAUGCAGAAUGGUUUGUGAUGGACUUUGAUGAACUUAGGAAAAACUUAUAAGUGUAAAAUAGAGUAUGUUUGUAUAUAUAAGUAUAUUAUAUAUUAUGUGUGUGUGUGUGUGUGUGUACAUAUAUAUACAUACAGGUAUGAAAUAAAUUAAUAUAUGCAUAA